AUGACUCCUCCAAAGGUCUUCUUCGACAUCGCGAUUGGUGACAGAAGUGCCGGUCGCAUUGUGAUGAAGCUGUACUCGGAUAUCGUGCCGAAGACUGCCGAAAACUUCCGCUGUCUUUGCACUGGUGAAAAAGGAAUGGGCAAGAGCGGUAAACCGUUGUCCUUCAAGGGUUCCAAAUUCCAUCGUAUCAUCCCCAAUUUUAUGAUUCAGGGUGGAGAUUUCACUCGUGGCAACGGAACUGGUGGUGAGUCGAUUUACGGUGAGAAAUUCGCUGAUGAGAACUUCCAGAAGAGACAUGACGGAACUGGACUUUUGUCGAUGGCAAACGCCGGACCGAACACAAACGGAUCACAAUUCUUUAUCCUUACCGCCGUAACCCCAUGGCUUGAUGGGAAGCACGUCGUGUUCGGCGAAGUUGCUGAAGGU